UGUUUGAUAACCCUCUGGAGUAGCCAAUACCACAUGCGCAUAAGAUAUGUUGAUAAAAGACUAUUGGUUUUGAACUGAUUUUUUUUCAGCCACAAUUGUAUAUAUGGAUUUUCCUUGCCAAAGACGACGCCUUCAAGUACCUCUCUGGAGCAUUUGGAUAAUGUGACAGUUGGGAUGCAGUGAUGUCGACUCUCUGCCCACCACCAUCUCCAGCUGUUGCCAAGACAGAGAUUGCUUUAAGUGGUGAAUCACCUUUAUUAGCAGCUACCUUUGCUUAUUGGGACAAUAUUCUUGGUCCUAGAGUAAGGCACAUUUGGGCUCCAAAGACACAACAGGUACUUCUCAGUGAUGGAGAAAUAACUUUUCUUGCCAACCACACCCUGAAUGGAGAAAUCCUUCGAAAUGCAGAGAGUGGGGCCAUAGAUGUAAAGUUUUUUGUCUUGUCUGAAAAGGGAGUGAUUAUUGUUUCAUUAAUCUUUGAUGGAAACUGGAAUGGGGAUCGGAGCACAUAUGGACUGUCAAUUAUACUUCCACAGUCGGAACUUAGUUUCUACCUCCCACUUCACAGAGUGUGUGUUGAUAGAUUAACACAUAUUAUCCGGAAAGGAAGGAUAUGGAUGCAUAAGGAAAGGCAAGAAAAUGUCCAGAAGAUUGUCUUAGAAGGCACAGAGAGAAUGGAAGAUCAGGGUCAGAGUAUUAUUCCAAUGCUUACUGGGGAAGUAAUUCCUGUAAUGGAACUGCUUUCAUCUAUGAAAUCACACAGUGUUCCUGAAGAAAUAGAUAUAGCUGAUACAGUACUCAAUGAUGAUGAUAUUGGUGACAGUUGUCAUGAAGGCUUUCUUCUCAAUGCCAUCAGCUCACACUUGCAAACCUGUGGCUGUUCUGUUGUAGUAGGUAGCAGUGCAGAGAAAGUAAAUAAGAUAGUGAGAACAUUGUGCCUUUUUCUGACUCCAGCAGAGAGAAAAUGCUCCAGAUUAUGUGAAGCAGAAUCAUCAUUUAAAUAUGAAUCAGGGCUCUUUGUACAAGGCCUGCUAAAGGAUUCAACUGGAAGCUUUGUGCUACCCUUCCGGCAAGUCAUGUAUGCUCCCUAUCCCACCACACACAUAGAUGUGGAUGUAAAUACUGUCAAGCAGAUGCCACCCUGUCAUGAACAUAUCUAUAAUCAGCGGAGAUACAUGAGAUCAGAGCUGACGGCAUUCUGGAGAGCCACUUCAGAAGAAGACAUGGCUCAGGAUACAAUCAUAUACACAGAUGAAAGCUUCACUCCUGAUUUCCCAAGAUGGGAUGCUAUUAGUGCCCUGCAAUUAAUUGUGAAAUGCCGAUUUUUCACCCCUUCUCAGCUUUCUUCUGUAGAUUGGUACACCCAUCUCCUAAGACUAGGAGACUUGAGGAAUAUUUUUCAAGAUGUCUUACACAGAGACACUCUAGUAAAAGACUUCCUGGAUCAGGUCUUUCAUUUGAAACCUGGUUUAUCUCUCAGGAGUACUUUCCUUGCACAGUUUCUACUCGUCCUUCACAGAAAAGCCUUGACAUUAAUAAAAUAUAUAGAAGAUGAUACGCAAAAGGGAAAAAAGCCCUUUAAAUCUCUUCGAAACCUGAAGAUAGACCUCGAUUUAACAGCAGAGGGCGAUCUUAACAUAAUAAUGGCUCUAGCUGAGAAAAUUAAACCAGGCCUACACUCUUUUAUCUUUGGAAGACCAUUCUACACUAGUGUACAAGAACGAGAUGUUCUAAUGACUUUUUAAAUGUGUAACUUGUUGAGUAUAUUUCAUCAUAAUCAUUAUUGCUGCUAAAGUAGCUCAGUGGUGUGGGAAACAUCACUGCCCUCGGUCAUGCCCCUACCGUCCUACUCAACAAUUGCAGUUAAAGUUAGUUACACUACACUGUCACCAGAAGUCUGUCUGUUCAGGGGACGUCAGGUACAUCAUUACAUUCAAUCUCUCUUUUCCUAGAUGUACUCUCUUGGGAUACAGGCUUAUGUUUACAAUUAUAAUAAAUAUUCUUGCUAUCUUUUAUAGAUACAAUAAUAGAAUAUAAAUUGACCACAACUACUGUUCUUUGAAACUUAUGAAAUUCAUAGUUUACAUAUAUCAAAAUGAAAUCUGAGUUAGAUUUUACAGAUAUAAUACUAGUUGACUUUCCAUCUUUUGGUAUUCCUUGGUGUAUGAGAUUACUGUAAUACUUUUGCAAUCAGCUGAAAAUUAGGGCAUUUAAAUCAAUUCAGUUCCACAGAAAAGAAGUUAGCUUGAAUAUAGAUUAAGCUUUAGAAAGAAAAUAUUGAUCAAGCAGAUGUGUAAUUGAAAUUAAUUAUUAGAUCUACUUUGCAGACUUAACUCUCUAGAAUUCAGUCUGUGUAGAAAUGGCAAGUAAGUUAAGUAUAGUUCCUGAUUAUGGUGAACCACAGUUGGUGUUUUUCAUUUGUUUUGUUGUUGCCAUCAAUAUCCUAUAUAGUUGAGCUCUGCCCAAGAAAAUAUAGGAAAUUGGAUUUUAUGUUUUAGUAGUUGCCAAGUUUUUAAAUUAAUUUUCAUUAUUUUUGAGCCAAAUUGAAAUGUGUGCCUCCUGUGCCUUUUUUUCCCUAGGAAAAUAUAAGUACUUGGAAGACGUUCAGAUUUCACUGGUCAGUCAUUUCCAUCUUGUUUUCCUCUUGCAGAGCCUUACCAUGUACCUGAUUUGGCAAUCAUUGUAACUGAGAUUAUAAAAUGCAUUAGAGAAUAUACUAACUAAUAAGAUCUUUUUUCAGGAACAGAGAACAGUUUCUUGUCUUCUUCCUUCGUAUAUUUCUGCCCAUAUUUUUGAAGUUGUUGCCAUGUUGCCUGAAUCAUAUAAAAAAAAAAAGGCAGGAGAAAAAAAAUAGCAAGAGAAACUUUACUGAAGUGCUAUUUUUCUAGGUGCUACUUUGGCAAAACUAAGUGGUCUCUUUUGUUUCCUUAAUGUGUUUGAACCAUUUUGCUGGCUAUAAAAUAACUGAUGAACAUAAUUCUGUGCUAGAACAGUGUUGACACAGUAGUAUACACAAAAAAUAUUUUUAUUUAAAAUUGUGAAAGUUACAUGAAAGGGAAAAUAUAUUUAUAUGAAAGGGAUAAAAGUGGUAGAACCCUUUUGCCCUUACCCACUAAAUUUAGUGAAAAAGACACAGUCUAUUCUGAAAGGUCAUAAUAGCUUUCACGUCAUGAAUAAGAAAGAUGUAGACAUCUUGAUUUUUAGACAAACAUUGAACUAGAUGACUGAUGUACUAUAGCUCAGUCAUGAAAAAAUGUAUAGAUACCACCUCGUUGUGUCUUAUACUCAGUGCUUUUUACACAGUAGAUUCUUAUUUAAGUGCUAUUUUCCUUUGCUGGUUUAUUGUACUGUUAUAUAGAAUGUAAGUUGUACAGUGAAAUAAGUUAUUAAAGCAUGGGUAAACAUUGUUACAUAUCUUUUCUUCUAGAUGGAGAGUUUUGAAUAAAAUAUCUUUGAAA